AUGGAACCAAGAUCAAGAGAAACUACUCCUACAAAGGAGGAUUUGGAUUUUAUAGUUGAUGAUGGUUAUAGACAUGAUGUUGAUCCAGAUUAUGUUCCAGUUUAUGUUCCAGAUGAAAAAUAUCUUGUUAGUGGAAAAGAGUUUAAAAAACUAACCAGAAAUGCUAAAAAGCUUGGUGCUGAAUCCCUUGAUUAUUCAACACGGAAAAAUAACAAAUACAUGGCAACACUUCCAAGUGGAAAAAAAGUUCAUUUUGGAUCACCAAAUUAUCCAGACUACACUAUUCACAAAGAUAAAGAUCGACGAGAUAAAUAUCUUGCUAGAGCUAAAAAGAUUAAAAAUAAACAGGGGGAGUUAACUUAUACUAAUCCUGAAUCGAGUAACUAUUGGAGUGUACAUCUACUCUGGCCAGAAAAAAAGUGAAUUAAAGAUUUGAUAAAAAAUUUCAAAAAUUUGAUAAAAAAGUUCAAAAAUUAUGUUACUAGUAAUUAUGUUGAUGAUAAUUUUAAAAAAGAACUUAUAAAAGUUUUAGAAGAAGGAUUAAAAGAAAUUUCAGAAAGAUUAUAUUCUAUAGAAGUCACAAUUGAAAAUAAAUUAAUGCUUAAAGAUUAAAUUAUUAUAAUAAAAAAUGCAGCUGUCUAGUUACGAAAAUAUUACUCAAGACAAUAUUAUCUUUAAUGAAGCCAAAGAAUUCAAAGUCAAAGAUAGCAAGAUCAAAUACAAAAGUAUCCCAAUUGAAAAUAUCAAAUAUCCAAAUGGAAAGAAAGGAGCUUUGGUAGUUGAAACUCCACUUCUUUUCAGCUUUGGUGUUAAUGAGAAGAAAAAUCAAGAAACAAACAAGUUAGUUGGUUAUAGUAUGUCAGUAUGUCUUUGGGCUAAAGAUAGUGAGCCGAAUAAUGAAGAAAAAGCAUUUUUUGAUGCUAUUAACAAUGUAACAACUCUUUCUCAGCAUCAUUUAGAGAGUGAAUACGGUUCAGAUCUAGCAUCAAAUCUAUCUUCACCAUUUUAUCACAAACAGGAAGAAUAUAUAGAUAAGAAAGGAAAGAAGAAAACAAGAAUAGAUCACUCAUCCGCUCCAGUUCUUUACGCAAAACUUAUUUACUCAGAAAAAUCAAAGAAAAUUUUAUCUUUGUUUAAGGGAAAGGGAGGUAAGGAUUUAAAUCCUUUUAAAUAUAUUAACCAGUAUUGUAAUGUUAAGAUGGCUUUGAUAAUCGAAGGAAUAUUUAUUAGUAAGACUGUAACAUCUUUACAAAUAAAAGUACAUGAGUGCUAUGUCAAACCACUUAAACCUAGAGAGGCUUUACUAACAAUUGAAGAGGAAAAUGAAGAUGAAGAUGAAGAUGAAGAGGUUACUACUGAGAAAGUAGUUAUAUCUGAUGAAGAAGAAACUGAGUAA